UCACUUCUGUCAAAUUAGUCUUUGUUUUUAUCAGCUGUUGAGUUCAGUGGCCACUGUCCAGUGUGGAAUAUUCUGUCAAUGAACUUGUGAACCUCAAUAAAAAUGAGAAAACUGUUUCCUGUAGUGUCGCGUAAACUUUCCCAUGUGUGUAGUUUGAAGCCUUAUAAAGAGACAAAAUGGUUAAUGCCAAAUGGCAAUCCAAUCGGUGCGUAUAUAUAUAAUUGUGUGGCAAAUGAAAAAGUUCCGAUAAUACUAAAUGACCCUCACAUUGCCACUUGGUACUCCUGCGGGCCGACAGUCUACGACUCUGCUCAUAUAGGCCAUGCGAGCUGCUACGUUAAGUUAGACAUUAUUCAACGAAUUCUGAAGUCAUUUCUCAACGUUAAACUCGUGACGGCGAUGGGAAUCACCGAUAUUGAUGAUAAAAUAAUUAAAAAGAGCAUCGAAACUAAGACACCCUUUCAAAACGUAGCUAAACAAUACGAGCAUGAGUUCUGGCUGGAUAUGUCGUCUUUAAACAUUGAAAAACCAAUGAUAAUAACAAGAGUAUCUGAUCACAUUACUACAAUAGAAAGUUUUGUGAAGAAGCUCAUAGACAAUGAGAAGGCUUAUGUUACAUUAGAUGGUUCUGUUUACUUUGACACAACAAAAUACCCUUCUUAUGGAAAACUUCAAAAAGCUCAGAGUGAAGGGGAAGCAGCUAAUGAAGAAAAAAGGAAUAAAAUGGACUUUGCUCUAUGGAAGGCACACAAGCCUGGGGAGCCAACGUGGGAGAUGUCCUGGGGCCAGGGCAGGCCGGGCUGGCAUGUGGAGUGCUCAGCCAUGAUCAGCAAAGUAUUUGGCUCUCAAUUGGACUUCCAUGCAGGAGGUAUAGACCUGCAGUUCCCACAUCAUGAAAAUGAAGAGGCCCAGUCAUGUGCCUUCCACAACAUUAGGCAAUGGGCCAACUACUGGGUCCAUGUUGGUCACCUACAUGUGAAAGGUGACACCAAAAUGUCUAAAUCACUCAAAAAUACCAUCUCCAUACCUGAGCUGCUAAAACAACACAGUUCUGAUGUCUUCAGGAUGGCAUGUCUUACAUCAAAUUACCGGAAUCCUAUGGAAUACAGUCCAGCUGUGAUGAAAACAGCUGAGGAGUUCCUCAACAAAUUCAAAUUCUUCCUUAAAGAUGCAUUUAUUUACGUCAACAAUAAUGCUACAAGCAGUGGCGAUUAUAAAGAUAAAAUACUGAAUGAUUUACAGAAGACUGAGGAGGCCAACUUAGAGGCUCUCAGGAAUGACUUCAAUACAGCAAUUUGUAUCAAUAAUCUUCUCACAUUGAUAGGUAAUGCAAAUAAAGUUAUGAAAUCAGAAACAAAUGACUACUAUCCAGUCCCUAUAGUUUUAAUAGCAGACUAUGUAACCAGCAUGUUGACAACAUUUGGUUUGAAGUUACAAGACUCUGAGCAAGAUAGCAUCUUAUCAAACUCUCUUAUUGACACAUUGGUUGAGUUUAGGCACACAGUGAGAUUGAAUGCUUUGUCUAGGAAAGACAAGGAGGUGCUACAAGCUUGUGACAUUGUUAGGGAUAAAAUGAAAUCUAUGAAAGUUCAGAUUAAUGAUAGUAAAAAGAUUUCAUCUUGGGUAUCUAUAAAAUAAUAUUUUAGUGUAAGAAAAUAUAGUAAUGUUACUGUUUUAUAUCUUUUUUUAAGAAGUUUAUGAUAUUUGAGAGUAGAAUGAUUCCAUAUUAUUUUUGUUUUUUAAAACAAAUACUACCCACAUAUGACCUCAUUUGACAAAGUACUUAAAACAGUAUUUUCCAUUGCACUCAUUUCAUUACUUAUACAAAAGAGAUUACUGGUUUUUUCCUUCAGUAUUUAUACUUACCUCAACCAUAAACCAUUCUGAUAAAACAAAUAAAUUUAUAAUGGCUGUAAUCUAAUCAAUGACUGUUUUGAUGUUCUUGUAAUUGUGUAGUGUAAAUAAAUAAUAUAUCAAUGUUA